GGGAGUGACAGGUGUCGCCGUUGCGAGGGUGUAAGGAAAGCUCACCGUCGCUGGGACAUUUCAAUUUAUAUAUUUCACCUCAAAAUAUAACAAUCACAUACUUUUUAUUUAAAUUAUAACAUAAAUUUUUAAAUUACACUAAAGUAAUUUAUAAUUAUAUAAAAAAUGACUUUUAAAACUUUUAAAUACGCAAGUGAACAUAAAAAUAUAUUGAGUGCAGUGAGUGCAAUAAGCGAGUAUUGAAGUGUUGCUCAGUAGCAUCGGACAGAUGACGUAGGUAAAGUCAAAAAAAAAAUCGAAAUUUGGAGUAUGAAAAAUUUUUGAAAAUGGUUUAAAAAGUUUGAAUGAUCACUCAUGUAAAUAAAAAUUAAUUUUUUAAACUAAUGAAGAAAUGAACUGAAAAUUUGACAUUUGAAAAAAAAAUAUUUUUAAAUAAAAAAAAUUGUAAGAAAAAUUGAUCUUCAAUGAAAGUGUGUUACCGUCCCAAUAAUUAUUAAUUUACCAAGCUUAAAAUAUAUAUCACAUGUCAUAUUUAAGUAUACCAAUCUAUACCACAACUACUAUUACGAUAACAAUGAUUGCCUUCAGCUGAUUGAUAAAUCCUUAAAGAGAAAUUUGAAUUUACUGCGCAAGCCCAGUGCCUUGGAUACCGAGUCGCUCGCUUUUCAGCUUUACUUUUUUAUAUAUAUUUCGCGAUACAAGUACAUCAGACAGACAGACAGAGCAGUCAUACAAGAUACACUUAUAUUAUUUAAAUAAUAAAAUAUUGUCUGUGUUGUUUAUAUAUAUAUAGAAAAAAUAAAAUUAAAAAAAUAGAAUAUCCUCGACAAGUGUUUUGUAAUUAAAUUUUCAUAAUAGACGAUGCUUUAACUUAAGAUUUAAAUAAAUUUAUGACUUCACUGGCUGUGUAUACAUUUAAAUAAAAUUAUAAAUGCUAAGUGUUCGAUAUUAAAGCCUUUAAAUAACAACAAUAGUAAUUAAAUUUAAAUCAAAUGCUGAUAAAAAAAAUGUUUGUAUACAAAGUUAGAUAAUAUUUUUGCUAUGCACUUUGUUAAUUGAGCUUUGAUGCUUAAUCAUCAAGAUCAUCAUCAUCAUCAUUAUUAUUAUUGUAAUAAUAAAUAAAAGAUAGCAAAUAUAUACGAGAUAUAAUAAAUAUUUGCUCAGUAUCAUUUAUUGUAAGCGAUGUCAUUUAAAAAUAUUUUACGAAGAUGUCUAAUGAAAACACGAAAAAUAAUAGGAAAUGUUUUGAGCAACUAAUUUUAGAAAGUAAAUUAAGUGUUAAAUUAUUAAACGCGAGUGAGAUAACUUAAGUUCAAGAUAAAUCAAUUAUAAGAUAAUAACACAGGGAGAAGAAAGAAAGAGAAGAAAUAGGGGAGAGAUAGAUCAAGAAGAAGGUGAAGAAGAAUUUAUAGAACAGAAGAAGAAUGACGAAGUACGGGUUCGCACGACUUGCGAUAUGGCGGCCAAGACGUUCAGCGAACUCUCAACCGCCACACAAUCAGGAAAACAAUCCCCUCAUGGAGGGAGAAGGAGGUGGUGUGGGCGGGCGAGCCACUUCAGGAGGUGGCAGGCGAGCCCCAAGUCUUCGUCUGGUGAACGGCAGGGCGACCACGGGGGUUGGCCUGCACACCAGCAGCACCGAGUCCGUCCGUUCACCCCAUCAACAUCUCAGCCAGCCGCACGGCAACAAUAUCAACAAUAGUUAUUACAGUACUGGCAACAAUGUAUCCUCCAAUAAUCAUCCGCGGUUAAAUAAGGAUGACAGCAUCAAAAUCAGUAUCGAGAACACAAACACGUGCACCGACAGCCUCGUCACUGCGUUAGACGACGAGACUCUUCUCAUUACCGAUUUUCUUAACGAUACAGGCAACGAGAUGAAUUACAAAGGCAGCGGCAAAGUCCACUUCGGAGUGGACGACGUGUCGCUCUAUGGUACGCCGAAAGAAGAACUGGGCCCGGGUCUACCGGGCCAAGAAGUAAAGCAGAGUUUCUUAAAAAAUCAACUGCAGGCGUUGUUCCAGCCUACAGACAACAAAUUGGCGAUGAAAUUAUUCGGUAGCAAAAAAGCCCUUAUGAAGGAAAGAAUUAGGCAAAAAGCUGCAGGUCACUGGGUCAUACAUCCUUGCUCCAGUUUCCGAUUUUAUUGGGAUCUUUGUAUGCUGCUGUUAUUGGUGGCCAAUCUGAUAAUUCUGCCAGUUGCCAUUAGUUUUUUCAACGAUGAUCUAAGCACCCGAUGGAUAGCCUUCAACUGCCUUUCGGAUACGAUAUUUCUUAUAGAUAUUGUCGUUAAUUUCAGAACGGGGAUAAUGCAGCAAGACAACGCCGAGCAGGUGAUACUGGACCCGAAGUUGAUAGCGAAACACUACCUCAGGACUUGGUUCUUUCUUGACCUUAUCUCCUCUAUACCACUAGACUACAUUUUUCUCAUAUUUAAUCAAUUUCAGGACUUUAGUGAGUCUUUCCAGAUUUUACAUGCUGGACGUGCACUUAGAAUUCUCAGAUUGGCGAAACUAUUGUCGCUAGUAAGACUGCUAAGGUUAUCAAGACUUGUGCGAUACGUAUCGCAAUGGGAAGAAGUCUAUAUCCCCCUAUACCAACAGCCGGAGAGACACUACGAGCGACGGGCUACACCGCCCCAACCAGACCGAACGAGCAAGAUAUUGCAGAACCUACAAAAAAAACGCACUGAGCGGAGGGGGCGCCUAAGCUCUGACAAUAUGAAUAAAAAGAAGUCCGGUUUCAACAAAAGCGACCUUAUUUUUAAGUUCCUGAAUAUGGCGUCGGUGUUCAUGCGAAUAUUCAAUCUGAUCUGUAUGAUGCUAUUGAUCGGCCACUGGAGUGGUUGUCUUCAAUUCCUCGUUCCUAUGCUUCAGGGAUUCCCAAGUAAUUCUUGGGUCGCGAUUAAUGAAUUGCAGGACUCCUUCUGGCUGGAACAAUACUCCUGGGCCCUUUUCAAAGCAAUGUCACACAUGUUGUGCAUAGGAUAUGGCAGGUUUCCACCGCAGUCAUUGACCGAUAUGUGGCUCACGAUGCUCAGCAUGAUCAGUGGGGCAACAUGUUAUGCACUGUUCCUUGGUCACGCCACAAAUCUUAUCCAGUCACUUGACUCAUCGCGUAGGCAGUAUCGUGAGAAGGUCAAACAAGUCGAGGAGUACAUGGCGUAUCGAAAGCUACCUCGAGAAAUGCGUCAAAGAAUAACUGAGUACUUUGAGCAUCGUUACCAAGGCAAGUUUUUCGACGAAGAACUCAUCCUUGGAGAACUUUCGGAAAAACUUAGAGAGGACGUGAUAAAUUACAACUGCAGAUCGCUCGUUGCUUCGGUACCGUUCUUUGCAAAUGCAGACUCAAACUUUGUCUCUGAUGUUGUCACUAAAUUGAGAUAUGAAGUCUUCCAACCAGGUGACAUAAUAAUAAAAGAGGGUACAAUAGGCUCUAAAAUGUAUUUUAUACAAGAAGGAAUAGUGGAUAUUGUAAUGGCAAAUGGUGAGGUGGCAACUUCGUUAUCCGAUGGUUCGUACUUUGGUGAAAUAUGUUUGCUCACAAAUGCAAGGCGUGUUGCAUCAGUACGUGCCGAAACAUAUUGCAAUCUAUUUAGUCUCUCAGUGGACCACUUUAAUGCAGUACUGGACCAAUAUCCGCUUAUGCGUAGAACCAUGGAGAGCGUUGCCGCCGAGAGGUAUAAACUUUGGUUGAACAAAAUUGGAAAAAAUCCAAAUUUGGUGGCGCAUCGUGAGGAGGAUCUUGGUAGUGAAUCGAAAACGAUAAAUGCGGUCGUUAAUGCACUUGCCGAGCAAGCGGCACACGCGAGUGCUAGUGAAGAAUCGGUCCAUAGCUUAGAAAUGAGAACACUUCCAACGGGUCUAUUACCAAGGCCAAAAUCCGAAAAUAAUUUCGCAAGUCAAGAUUUACAACGUGAAGACCGCAGAAUCUUCCACAAAAGUGAUACAUUUCACAAGGAUUCGUAUCAAUGACGACACUCGUCUUACUAGCAUACGGAGCGGUACUGAUGCUGCUGUUGUGGGCAAUAAUGCUCUAGCUGCUGCACAACUGCUCCAAUUCUCAGUGUCUGCGAGAUUUCCACCAGUACGGAAGAAUCAUCUAAUCUCAAGCACACAAAAUUAUGCUCUCUACAUCAACAUCUCUCUCUCUCUCUCUCUUUCUAUCAGUAUCUUCUCUCCUCUCUUCUAGCUGAUUCUCGCUCACUCACUCAAACUCAUUAACGACUUCCUCUUGUAUCCUUUUUCUGAAUUCCACCAUCCAGCCAACAUCCACAUACACCCACUAGACUCAACUUGGCACUAAAACUUUUACUUUGAUACAUUUCACCGACGUAAUUACACCGGAUGUCGUGCCAAUUGAAGUUACCUCAAAAGCAGCUCAUCUUCACUAUUAACUUCGAGAGAAAGAUAACGAAUUGAUAAUUUAAAAUUUUAAGUGGCGAUUAUUAAACUCAACGAUUAUACGUGAGCAACAUGAACUUUAAUAUAUAUAAUAAUUAUAAUAUAUAUAUUAUAAAUCAUAUUUUUAACAGGUUUAUAAAUAUAUAAAAAAUAAUAAUGAAACAGGUGGAAGUAUCGUGUGAUUACUGAGAAAAAAAAAACAGACAAUUUAAAAAAUCUAAAUAUAAAUAAUAAUUAUAAAAAAACUGUUUAAAAUCAAGACACAGUAAGUGAUGAUAAUGACCCGGAACUAUGUUAUGUUGUUAAGAGUUCUUCGGGUCAAUGAUUACAAUUAAAUAAUAAAAAGUAUAUUAAUAAUAAAUAAAUAAAUAAAAACGAAUGAAAAUAAAUAUUAUUGAUACGUGCAACUAAGUGACAAAGGAAUAAAAUAAAUAAUAUCUUUUUACUAGUUUUAAAAAUUUUAAAAUAAUGCAGUGUACUAUAAUCAAGUACAAAUAGUGCAGAGAAAUAAAUAAAUACUAUAUAGUGACUGUUAUGAUAAAUAGAUUACGAUUACAACUACCGCAUUAUUAGGCAAUUAUAGAGAUAUAUUAAUAUUUAUUGAUAUUUUAAAAAAUAAAUAUGUAAAUAAAGCCAUAACGUUUGUAAUGUCGCAAGAUAAAUUUUUAUUAACUUUGUGAUUAUAAUUUAUUUAUUCAUUAUUAUUAUUAUUACUAUUUUUAUUAUUAUUAUUACUAUUUCUAUUAUUAUUAUUAUUGUUAUUAUUACUAUUAUUAUUAUCAUUAUUAACUUAUUUUUUCAUUUUUAUCAUAAUUAUUAAUAUUACACUGUAAAAAAAAACCGGGAUAAGUUCAGGUGAUGUAGGUGUUAAAAUUGUCGGUGUUAAAAUAACACCGUUGAAGGUGUAAAUAUUCUUUACCGGUGUUAAAAAAAUUUCCCAGUGUUAAAAUAUUUAUCGGUGUUGAAAAUAUUUAACUUUGUGAAUAUUCUGGGGAUUCUACGGUUUCCGUGGUGCUGCUAAAUGACCGUGAAUUUUUGUAGAAGACGAAAUAAUACUUUCUUAAAGAAUGAAAUUUUUCGAUAUUUCGCUUAGUUUUUGAGAAAAAUGGAUUUCGAGAAAAAUGCGAUUUUUUCAAAAAAGUAAAAUAUUUCAUAGAUUUUAAUAUCUUCAAUUUUUUUUAAUUUUUUUCCGGAGUGCGUUUAAGGAGUAACGAUAACCGAUUUUCAAUUCAAUUUAAUUUACGGACAAACACUAGGCUAGAAAUUUCGUAUUUUCAAAAAUUCUAAUUCGUCUCCGAGAAAAAUUGUUUUAAAAUUCUCAUUUACUUAACGACUGCAACAAAAAUAGUCCCGUUUAUUUUUCUGAGUGUGAGAAAGAAGCCCGGUAGCGUAUCCUCUUAAGGAUGAAAAUUUUGAAAAAAAAAAAAACGUCUGAAUCAGCCCAUUUCUGAAGAAGAUAGCUAUUUGAAAAAGAGUCUUAUUUCGUCGAGUUCUACAAGAAUUCGCGAUCAUUUGGUGGCGCCACGGAAACCGUAGACGUCCCGUGGGCGUAAAAUUGUGUAAUCUUUAAAUAAAUUCUGCAUAACAUAAAUAAUUAUUUAAAUAACUACAAAGCAAAAUUUAAAUUUCCUCCAGACGAUAUUCAUUAAAUUUUCAUAUUUUUUUAUAUGUAAUACAUUUUUUUUCUAAUUUCUAUACGUGGAAUUUUUUUUUACACCGAUUUAACACCCGUAUUUUAACACCGCCAAACUGCACCGCCUACUCCAGUGUUAUUUCAUUUUAACACCGCUUUUUUACAGUGUAUUAUUAUUAUUAUUAUUAUUAUUUAAUUAUUAUGAUAUAUUUAUAAAUAUGUAGACAGUGCCUAGACAGAAUUGCAAGCGACAUUAUGUAUAUUUAUAUUAUCUUAACUUGUUUUAUUAAUUAAAUCUUUAUAUUAAUGCCUAAUAUACAAAUUAAUAAUGAUAAAUUAUAAAUAAAGUAUAAAAUAAUAAUAAAUUAGGAACAAGUCAAUGAGAAAAUGAGAUUCGGUCGAUCUCUAGUUUAAUAAGUACCUAUAUAUAUAUGUAAAUAAAUAAAUGAAUAAAUAUAAUAAAUAAUUAAAAAAUCAACCAACAAAAGUGAGUAGGAAAUAAAAUCUGUGAACACGUGUAAUUUUUAAAAAAUAGAAAUUUUCAGAUUCGCACAAAAACUUAUUUAUUCGCGUACAUAAAUAAAUAACACACAUACAUACGACAUAAACAUAAAACAUAUAUAUGAAUAAUAAAAGUUAAAAAGUGAAAUGAAACAGCGAGAUAAUGAAAAUUUAAGAGACCGAAAAAUAAAUAUUUUUUUUAAAUAAAUUUAAAUAAUAAUCUAGUAUUUAGCCAAUUAUGUUGCACGAUUAUCAAUCAAUUCGUGAUAUAUAUUGGCUUUGAUUAGUCAGCAACAUACUGUAGAUUCUAUUCAAUUACUAGGCAAACAAAUUAUUAUAAUUAUUAAUUAUUAAUGUUACUAUCAUUUUUAUUAUUAAAGUUAUUACAUAAAAUAGAUUAUUAUUAUUAUGAUUAUGAUAUAUUUUAUAAUUGAAAUAUGAGAAAAGUAAUUGAAACGUAUAUCGAUUAUUUUUCAAUUUACAUGCUGUGAGACUAAUACUGAAUAUCAAUUACGCUCGUGCAGAGCUGGUUAUUUCCGAAAUUAAAAUGAAUCAAAUUUUAUUUAUUUAUCAGAACUAAAAAUUUUUUUCAUAUUCAUUUUUUUUUUUAAUUCAAAAAUUAAAAUUCAAUUUAAAACCUGUGUAAUAGUUGAUUAUGUAGUUACAGAAACGCGAAUAAUUUUUUUAAUGCUUCCGUAUGAUAAAUUUCGCGCUUUCAUUAAAUUUCGCGCUUUCAACAUUUGAUUUUUUUAAUUGAAAAAAAAAAUAAUUAUUAUUUAUAAAGUAAAAAUGUUUCGGUCAUUUUAAAUUCAAUGGUAAAAUCCAGCCGGGCGCACCAUCACACCAUGUGAGCUAUUUUUAUAUUCUUCCCUAAAUAUAAUAAUAAAAUUCGCGAUAGCGCGCCUUGUAUAAUAAUAAUAAUAAUAAUAAUAUUAGUAAUAAUAACAAUAAUAAUAAUAUUAAUACUAAUUAUAAUAAUAAUAAAAUUAAUAAUAACAAUUAUAAUAAUAAUAAUAAUAAUAAUAAUAAUAAUAAUAAUAAUAAUAAUAAUAAUAAUAAUAAUAAUAAUAAUAACAUGAACAAAAGUUUAAAAAAUAAUAGCAAGAAUGAUAAAUCGAAAAAAAAAAAAUUAUAAUAAAAAAAAAAACAAUAAUAUAUCACUCAGCGUCAAUUUUAUACGAAUGCCUGUUGUGGUGAGGUCAGAAGCCAAAUCCAGGCAAAAUAUGUAACCAAUUCCCCGCUGAUGGCACUUCUCGCGUGAUUAAUGAUUAUAUAAAAAAAUUCAAAAUACAAAAAAAAGUGCUACUCUAUAUUAUUUCUGAGGCUGUUUCAUAAAAAAUAUAAAAUUAAAAUAUGAGUGUUAUUAAAUACGCACCCCCGAAUUCUCGAACGGCAUUAUUAUAAAAAUAUGUUAAUAUAAUUUAUUAAAAUACUAAGAACAUGAUUUUAUUUAAUAGUUCUCAUAAAUAUUUAAUAUAAAAAUAUAUAAAUUAUUUUGUGUCGGAUCAAAGCUAUAUAUUUUCACUGAUUUUUUAAAUUUUCUCUCAAAUUACUCAGACAUUUUUUUUUUUUAAAUAAUAAAAGAAUUCUUAUCAUUUUCUAAUGUAAUAAAUAAUUAAUUAAGAUCUUCUGUCAUCAAAAAUUUUUAUUUAUAAUUAAAAUAAAAUUAAAAUAUUAAAUAGUCAUAUUAAAAAUAAUUUAAUAAUGAAAGAUAAUAAAUAUAUGAAUGAAAGAAAUGUUGAAAAUUGCUGGCUUAGUACUUUCCCAUAGCUGCAUUUUUUCGACAGUUAAAUUAUUUAAAUAAAAAAUAAAUUCCAAUAAAAGUCGAAUUAGGAAAAAGUACAAAAUUUUUAAGUAAAAAAAAUAAAAUGCGUCUGAUAUUUUUAGGCGUAAUAAAUAAAUUUAUCAAAGUACCCCUCAUAGUGCACAUGCAUACUUGCCAUUAAAAAAUGCCUUAGCGACUGUACUGUUACUACUAAUUACUAUAAAUUGUAUGUAAAAAAAAUUUAAUAAAUGAUAACAUAAAUUCAUAUAAUUCUAUAUCAGAUAGUGUGAGUUGAACAUACAUAUAAAAUAUAAAUAUGUAACUGAACCAUUGACGCAUUAACAGAUAAAUUAUAUUUAUUGUAUAAAAAAUGACAUGGGUUGUACAUAAAACAAAGGUUGAAGUAUUAAAUGGAAUCUGUGAAUCCUUAAUUGUUAAUCGCACUGAUAAUUAUUUAAUUGAUUAUCGCGGAUCAAUAAUCUGGUGAUUCAAACCAAGUGAGAAAUAUUAUAAAUUAUUAUAUUUAAUAAUUCAACGGUUGUAAUGAUAUAAUUAUUCGAUUAUUUAAUUAAUUUAAAUUUAUUAUUCAUUUUAUUUAAAAAAAAAAAAAAAAUUUUAAGGAUCUUGGAGUAUGAAAGUGUCAGUAAUAGAAUAUCCCACCCGUCCAAUUAGUGUCUGAUAAUAUUUUAUUCUUUCCCUCUUCAUUACUAAAUCACCUGCUGUACUUAUGAUUAAAAUUUAUAUAUAUUGCUACUGAUAAAUUUAUUUUUAAAAAAUUUUUUUAAGUAAAAAAUAAAAUCAUGAGUCAUUUUUUUUCAUACAUUUUGUUGCGUUCAAUGUCGAGCUUAAAAUAUUUAAAAAAAAAAAAAAAAUUUCUAUUGAUCGAAUACUUAAUAAAGUCGAUGACUAAAAAAAUAUAUAUAAAAAAUGCAUAAUUGAAAUGAUAAAUUUAAAAGUCGUAAAAAUAUAUGACGGGUUGUAAGAUGAAGAUAAAGAUGAUAUUUAAAAAUAAAUAAAUUAAGAAGCCGAUCGAAAUAAUCGGGGGUGUGAUUAAUUAGUGUUUCAAAUAAAUGCGUGGAAUGACUAAAGUGUCGAUUAUCGCAUAUCACAAUUUAUAUAAAAAUUUAUUUCUUUUAUUUAAAAUAAUAUAAAAAAAAUGAUUAUGCCAAUUAACUGUAAUCUGGUAAAUGGAAUU